AUGGGAUUUUAUAGCCAAAGUUUCAGGUUUGAAGGUGGCGGGAGAAUAGGUUUGAAUAGAACAGGUAAGAGUUGCAGGUUACGGUGGGUUAAUUACCUGCAUCCUGGUCUCAAACGGGGUAAGAUGACGCCCCAAGAAGAGCGUCUCGUGCUGGAGCUUCACGCCAAAUGGGGAAAUAGAUGGUCAAGAAUUGCUCGGAAAUUGCCAGGGCGCACAGAUAAUGAGAUCAAGAAUUACUGGAGGACUUACAUGAGGAAGAAGGCCCAGGAGACAAAGCGGGCGGCCACUCCAUCAUCAACAUCUAGUUGUCAUUCUUCACUAUCAUCAAAUAAUCACGCAGUGGGUUCACAUCCUUCCAAUGAGAGUGGAGAGGAAAGCUUUUAUGAUACAGGAGGGCCUAAUAUGAUUGACUCAACAAAAAUCAAGAUAGGGGAUGAAAAAGGGGAACAGGGUUACUCCAUGGAUGACAUAUGGAAAGAUAUUGCUCUGUCAGAAGAUCAUGUUCAGAAUCCAGUCCAUGCUAGUGCUGGGCAUAUCGAAGAGGAAUGCAACUUCUUUUGUGCUCAUCUGCCAUCUCCUUCUUGGGAGUAUUCUUCAGACUCGCUGUGGGUUAUGGAUGACGAAGAAAGUAAGACGUUUCUCCCUUCAAGUGAUCAAUUCUUUUCCAGUUUUGAACAAGGGGCAGCAUUUCUAACUGGCUAACCGGAAAUUAUUUUAAAUUUGUUCAUAUGUGUACCACCGGUCCUAAGGAAGUCUAACCUAUGUAGCAUAGUUCGUUUCUUUAAGCUUUUAGUCAUGGUCCUCCGUAGUGUGACACAGCUGUAAUUUUCUUAUGCAUAGUUGUAGUCCAUGUCCAAUGCCUUAUAGUAUCAACAAAAAGGAGAGUGUGAAGAAACCUCCAAUAGGGAGGUCAUCAUGUGUUCUGAAUGUAAAAUAUCAUGCACCCGUCUAAUUAAGUUUUAUUUUAUCUACGCACCUGUUAAUAGUUAAUGCAUGAAUAAUCUACAAAACUCUUCAAUUA